CCCUGAAUCCGAAUCAAAAAGUCAACAAAACCCGGAAAAACAAAACAAAAAUUAAAUCGCAAUUUGCAUUUGAUUAUUGCCACGAGAAUUAAACCAAGAACAAGCUCAUAAUACGCGCCAUCAAUGCCACAGUUGGUUUAAAAUCAAACACUCGCUUUCUUCAACCGCAGUCGAUUGUUUGAUCGUUUCAGCUAUCGUUUUUCGUUGAUUUCAGCUUUCACCUUCUCGUUUCUGUACGUUGAGCUGCUUUGCGCCCGAAUUACCUCAAAUUUUGGAUUAGUAUGUUACAAUGAGAUCCAUAUAAAGCUUGGGCUGUGAAUAGAGCAAGACUGCAAGAGUGUGAAAAUGGGAGACAGCCAGAAGUUCCACCUGGGGACCAUUGGGGCUUUGAGUUUGUCAGUCGUGUCAUCCGUGUCGAUUGUGAUUUGCAACAAGGCGCUUAUUAGCACACUUGGUUUCACUUUUGCCACAACUUUGACAAGCUGGCAUCUUCUGGUUACAUUUUGUUCUCUUCACAUUGCGUUAUGGAUGAAAUUCUUUGAACACAAGCCUUUUGAUGCUAGUUCUGUAAUGGGAUUUGGAAUUCUAAAUGGAAUCUCUAUUGGACUUCUGAAUCUGAGCUUGGGUUUCAAUUCCGUUGGUUUUUACCAGAUGACAAAACUGGCAAUCAUCCCUUGUACUGUUCUUUUGGAGACCCUUUUCUUUAGGAAGAAGUUCAGUCGAAGUGUUCAGUUUUCACUCACCAUCCUUAUUUUGGGAGUUGGAGUUGCAACAGUUACUGAUCUUCAGCUCAAUGCCCUGGGCUCCUUUUUGUCCCUGCUUGCAGUUCUCACAACCUGUGUUGCUCAGAUUAUGACCAAUACCAUCCAGAAGAAGUUCAAAGUGUCCUCAACCCAACUUCUGUAUCAGUCUUGUCCCUAUCAAGCAAUAACCUUGUUCAUCGUUGGUCCAUUUCUAGAUGGACUUUUGACUAAUCAAAAUGUUUUUGCUUUCGCGUAUACCCCUCAAGUGCUGUUCUUCAUUGUUCUGUCCUGCCUGAUAUCUGUCUCUGUAAACUUCAGUACAUUUUUGGUUAUUGGAAAGACAUCUGCAGUAACUUAUCAGGUCCUUGGACAUUUGAAAACGUGCCUUGUUUUGGCAUUUGGCUACAUUCUACUCCGCGACCCAUUUAGCUGGCGCAACAUUUUAGGGAUAUUGAUUGCUGUAGUUGGGAUGGUAUUCUAUUCUUAUUAUUGCACUCUCGAGAGCCAGCGGAAGGCUAAUGAAGGAUCCCAACAGUUGCCCCAGACAAAAGAAAGCGAAGCUGAUCCUCUAUUAGGUGUCGAAAACGGAAGUGGGAUGCUAGGGGAGGAUUCAAAAGUCCCUGUAUGGAAUUCGAACAAGGACCUGCAUGCUUAAAGCCUGUUCAGUUUGUUGUGGUUCAUUUGUGCCAGAUCGAAUUUAGCAGGGAAGAGCUAUUCCAGCGAUGAAGAUGUUGCUGGCAAAGGGUUUCUAUAUGUGGCAUUGUAUGGGUUUUAUAAUUUCUAUUGUAGAAGUAUCCUUCAGAGUCAAAGAAAUGACUUUUGCUAUAUAGCAGUUUUGGUUAUUAAUUUUGUCGGAAUCAGGCUUCGCCAAUUGGAUUCAUACCAGAAUUUGGUAAGCCAGAUGUACACUAUUGUACACAAACACUGAAAAGUAUUCAUAAUUGUUGUUUCUGGUUAGUUUC